AUGGACAUUGGUGAAAACGGUUCUGAUCAACCGCAACUCUUCAAGGGUUAUUAUAUUAAAGCAAAACUAACAGCUUUCUUUGAAGCUGCUGAAGAACGUGCAAAAUCAGCAAUUUCGAAGGCCGAAGCUCACUACCGAGCGUUAGCGGAAUUCCAACUAUGCUCCUUUGGUGCUUAUGAACGUGAGGAUGAAGUGGCAUCAUUAUGGAGGCAAUUCCGCCAAGAUUUUGUUGGUUUGGAAAAAAAAUCAGCAAGGCUAAGGGCCGAAUUAGAUCAAAAUGAUAAAUUUAUACCGUGCCCAAUGAAACGGAAAGGUUGUUGUGUAAAAACUCAAAGAAUAUUGAUGCAGAAUGAUGAUGAUGUACUGACAGAGAAAGGAAUUUUAGACGAUGGUAGCAUUAAUUUUCAUCAAGCACGAAAAACCAAGGAAUUUGAAGAGAAAGCCAAAAUUUUUGAAGAAGAAUUGGAGCGUAGACAAACCCUAUUACAAAACAAAAGGAACUCAUUGAAACGUAAAAAAGGACAAGAAGUUGAAAAUGAUUAUCAAACUGCUGUACACUAUGUUAUAGCACGUAAUAAAACGUUAGAGAAAAUUUUAUCUAAAGUUGAAAUUAAUUUUUCAGAACUUCGAGACUUAUUAAAAGAUUUUCAGGAAGGUUUGCAGAAUACUCAAAAGAAUUGUGAAGAACAACGUGCUUUAUUAGAACGACAAAUUAAAAACUAUCAUGCAAGGAAUGAAAAUGUUGAAAAUGAAAACUCGAAUAUAGUAUAA